GCGCCCGCGGCGGCCCAGCAGCGCGAGAACGUUCACUGGGAAGAGCGCGAGGGCAGCGAGGGCAGCCAGGCCAGGAGCGAGGAGGAGCUGCGCAAGGGCGCGGACUCCCGGGCCGACUGGGGGUCCGAGUGGACCGAGGAGGUGAAGAAGCAGCAGGAGCACCAGCUGCGCGCCGAGCUUCUGGAGCAGUACCGCGCCCUGCUGGUGGAGCGCAACCGCUACCAGCGCUACAACAUGUACCUGCAGCACAAGAUCCAGGACUCGCUGCGGAAGAAGAAGGGCGUCGAGGCGGCCGAGGCGCCCGACAAGGGCACCGAGCCCGAGGCCCCCGAGAAGGAGCAGGUGUACCUGCGCUACCUGGCCGUGCUGGAGGAGCUGAAGAAGCAGGAGGCCGACGACCUGGACUGGUUCCGCCAAGAGCUGGUCCAGCUCAAGCAGCAGUGCCAGGAGAAGCUCACCCGGGUGGAGAAGGAGUGGCGCGCCUUCCAGGCGCUCAAGAAGCAGGUGGUGCUGCAGGCCCUGGGCAGCUGCCGGCUGCGAGGCGGGCGCCAGGCCGCCUUGCGGGAGGUGGAGCAGAUCCAGGCCCUGGAGGACAAGAAGGAGAAGGAGAUGAGCGCCGUGAGGCUGGAGAAUGUGCAGCUGAAGCAGAGCCUGGCGCACUUUGAAACCAGGAUGAGGACGCAGGAGGACCUGACCGAGGGCUUGCUUCUCAUCGAUUUUGAGCAAUUGAAGAUUGAGAACCAGACCUUCAACGAGAAAGUUGAGGAGCGCAACGAGGAGCUUUUAAAGCUGCGCAACAAGGUGAUCAACAACGUGCAGAUCAUCACCCACGUGAAGGAGAAGUUACACUUUGUGGAAACGGAGAACAUGUACAAGAAGUCUCAGGUUUUGGAAAUGGAGGCUCUCGUGGCCCGGAAGAGAGACAUUCUGACGAAGACAAAGCAAGCGCGCGACAGGCUGCGCCUCGACAAUGUCGGGCUGAAUCAGAAGUGCGGGCUCCUGGGCAAGGAGUCCCUCCUUCAGGACAUGGAAGAAAAGGUGGACAAGACGGAAGUGCUCAACCAGCGCCUGGAAGCCCUGAAGCGCCACCACGCGGGGCUGGCCUUGUCCUGCAAGGGUAUGAAGCAGAAGAUCAGGGAGGCCAAGGCCUUUCUCCCCUCUUGA